UUAAACCACAAAGUUCUCUGCAUUGGUCAUAAGUCAGCUAUUACUGCCUUAACUAUCACAGAAGGGCAAACUGAUGGCUGUGUUGGAAAUAAUUAUGUAUUAAUUAGUGCUUCGGAGGAUGGAGAAGUUAUGAAAUGGUGUUUAUUAGAUGGAAGGUGUCUUAUGUGCAUUCCUAAAGCCUUUGAUGGCACGAUUAGGAGUAUCAAACCAUUAGCUACAUGUGCUGAGACACCUAAAUAUCUCCUUUGUUCCGGGUUCUCGGACGAGAUUACUAUAUUAGACUAUUCAUCCUUGGAGAUCGUACGAGUUUGGGCUGGCCAUAACGAUUGGGUUGCUUGUACUCCAUUUUAUGAUUCCGCUAAUUCACAACUCUUUUGUAUGAUUUCGGCAGAUGCACGCCAAAUAAAGCUUUUAUCAUCAAAUUUUAAUGGAUUUCUGAAAAUCUGGGCAUUUGAUGAAAUCAAACAAACCAUUAUAAAAGAAUAUGAUAAUGUUGGAAUACUGCAGGCUCAGGGUGACAAAAUUUUAGAAUUAAUUAGUAACCCAUAUGAUAUUGGCGUGAUUAUGGCUAUAACGAAUAAUUUUGUUAUCACUGGCGAUGCGCAUUUAUACUCUAUAUCGUGUACGCCACGAAAAUAUCCGUCUGAAAAUGGUCAUGUAACGAAUCCAGGCUUCAUUCCACGUCGUUCAUCAUUACCUGAUUUGAAAAAAUCCAAUAGGGAGAAACUUUCAUUACCAGGCCAUUCAAAACCAAAAUUAUUAGAAUCCGUUUAUUCAAGAAAUAACGACUUAAUGAAUCAUGCUAAGAUUAUUGUAUUUGUGACCCCUAAUGCCGAGGGGAAGACAUGUAGAUAUUUGAUUUCUUUUCACAAUCAACUAGAAGGGACGUCAUUUUCAUGGAAGUUGUUGUCGGCAACUGCACAAGAACAUCAAAUAUGUGAUAGACAUGUUCAAGAAUCUAAUUGGGGUUUUGAAACUUCUUUGUCUGAUAUAUGGCCGUUGCGAAAUCUUCAAACAUCCAAAGUUACUGUUACGACCAUGGUGAAUGAUGACCAGAUAGCACUUGGAUAUGAGAAUGGGGAAAUUCACAUCAUACCAAUCUCUUUAGCAUUGACAAUGGACCCUCAAGAUUCUUCACUAAACGCAGUCAAGAUAUUGAAAGGACACUUUGGAAGAGUUACAUGUAUGUACACUCCAAGUUUUACUCAUUCUGAUCACAAACAUUUUGUGUCCGGUGGCGAAGAUUGUUCUGUAAGGAUAUGGAGCUUGGAAAAUGGAAAGCGGCUAGCAUCAUUUACAUAUCAUUCGAUGCCUGUGACUCAUUUAUUUGAGCCGCCUGACGAAACAAGUACGAGAAUUAGAGGAUGCAUAAUUUCCAUUGCAAAAGAUAAUUCUUUGGCUAUAAUUUCUUUGGAUGAGAUGAGCUGCUUGUAUAAUUUUGGCGGUUAUUCACAUCACAUAAGUAAAAUUCAAUGGAGAAUACCUGAAAGUCUUUUGUUAUUGUAUUAUAGUGAUGAGUCUGCAUAUAUAUGGCAGACACAGACUUCAGAACUAUAUCAGAUUGUUAAAGGUUCGACUGCAAGAGAAAUGAUUGAAGAUAAGACAUGGCAAACUAGCACUGUAUCGCCUCAAAAUCAUAUGUCAUAUACAAAUGAUAAAGUUAAAGCUUUGUCAUCAGUCAAUUUACAAAAAAAUGGCUCUUCCGAUUUUCAAGUUUUUAUGAUAAAUAUUAAACAAUUAAUCAACGAUAUUUAUCAUUACCACGUCUCUCAAAUUGGCUCAGGAGUUAAUUCUCCUGGUAUAAAUGCGGAAGAUUUUGAUGAAAAGCAGGAUAAAUUUUCAAAAAUUUUUUCUUGGUCAAUUAAUGGUGCUUCUCGACAAUAUAUUGCAUCGUCAUCGCCUUCCAUUUCAGAGACUGAGACCCAGGCUAUUGACGCGAGCAGUGUUCAAGUCUUAGUAUCUGCUUUGAUGACAUGGGGUAUUGAAAACUCUUUAGACCAAAUAUGUUUAGAGAAGUUAGGUCUUAAGAAACCUUCUAAUAAAAUAGCGUUUGGAUUGAGAGGGUUUAAUGGCAAUUUGUCAGUUGCAGCACCUUCUGAUGAUCAUUCUGAGUUCUGGAAAAUAUCUCAAAUGAUGACAGCAGCUCAUUUAUUGUCAAUUGUUGGUUUGACACGUCCAUUCCUUUUGAUGAAAGGACUGGAGAAAUACACUAGUGACAUUAUCACUCAUUAUGGCACUAUGUUACCUGAAUUUGUAGGCACGAGAUUUCAUCAUUCUUCUUUAGCUUUCCUUUCUAAAUAUUUCCAAGAUCCAACUGAGGAUAUACGGCAUUCGGCAAGGACUCUCUUCUCUGCGGCGUUAACUAGCAUGUCAUCCAUUGAAUUACAAUCAAUCAUUGAUUAUUGGAAACAAUUUUUGCCAGCAGUAACGUCUCAAGAUGAGUAUGCUAAACAAUAUAUGGCUAAAUCAACAAUAUUAUUAGGAAUGAUAGGUGCAGAUCACCCUAAAUUUCUAUCAAAAAAAGUCUCUGAGCAUACUGCAUUAUCGCUUAUAUUGUUAUUGCAUGAAGACCCAAAAUUGGCCCACCGAUUAGCAGCACUUGAACUGUGUGCAGUUGUGAAGACCAUACUUGGAUUUGCAGUGGAUUCCGAUACUAAUGCAGCAGCAGUGAAAGCCAUGGCGCAAAAAGCAAUAUUUCAAAUAGCAUCGGUUAACACUCCAUUAUGUAUCUCCACCCUUACCUAUGAUACUAAUAAUUCCAAAAAGCCUGCAGAAAAAAAUGGAUUUUUAAAAUUGAUAUCAUUAUUUAUUCGUAAAAAACCGCUUGUACUUUAUAACAGCCUCUCAUCAUUAGUAGAAGCAGUGGUUAAAUCAUUAGACCCAAAUAUUCCCAAAAUGCGGGAUACGGUUCUACAAACUACGACAAACGUUUUACAUGAUUUAGUAAAAACAUUUCCUUCAAUUUCAUUUCAUGGUGCAACACAGAAGCUUGCGGUUGGAACACAGGAAGGAGCAUCUAUUAUAUAUGACUUAAGGACAGCAACACGAUGGCACAUACUGGAGGGCCAUACAAGAGCAGUUACAGCAGUAACAUUUUCAUCUGAUGGGAAAUUCAUAGUAUCAUGUUCACUUGAAGAAGGAACGGUUCGAGUAUGGAACCCAAGUCCUGGAAUUUUAGGAAUUCUAGCUGGAUCGUUAACUAAUGGCAAUAUGGGUAGCAAUUCAGAUGGUAAAAGAUUUAAAUCAUUAUCGACAUCCACGAAUCCUUGUAAAACAUUUAGAUUCAAUCUUGGAGAUGAUGGUUUGUAA